AUGCCUGUGCCCUGUGACAGCCGACCGGGCGGCGGAGCUGUGCGUCAGGGGGCGACGUGGCUGCUCCCGCUCCCACCACCCCUCCAACCCCUUGUGGCAUCUGCUGAAGGCUGCCCUGCACCCCCACACCACCCAGGGGCUGCCCAGCACCCUGGUGUUGCCACAGAGCCCUGCUCCCUGCUUUUGUACUGGUGCCCCCCAGGGGAUAGAGCAUAUGAAGCAAGGGGAGCCAAGGUGGUCUCACAUGCCAGUCCCAAGGGGCCCCCGUGGCUCAAGGGCCAGCGGCUGGAUCUCCAGCAGACAGCAGAGUUAAGCAGUAGCCCCGGAGGGGGCCCAGGGUCCAGGCAGAACCUCUGUCUCUCCUGCUGCUUCCUGCUGCUCUCUGGUCCUUGA